UGGAAAUGUAGUAAGCGAGUGCUUCUUCUGUGAGCUCCCCACAUUCACGUUCUCCUGUGCGCUCCUCCUGCUCCCCCCUCCUGCUCGCGUCGCAGUGCUGGGCGCGAUGACCGGAUAACUUUUAAACCUGCACGAAUGACGCUUUUCCUCGAUGGCAUCUGAUGAAUUCUUCACUGGGAAACAGUGACAGGUCUGUCAAACAUCUCACCCCCCAUGUCACCGGGACGUCUUCAUGGCGAUGUUUAGCAGCGCAGAGCGGACCUGGAACGAAUCAGACCACCUGGGAUGGGACUCGGAGAGGAAUGAGAGCUCGGAGGCAUCGGGGGAGGAUGAGCGUAACUACUACGCCAUGCUGUACUCGCUGCUGAUCCUGGCCAUCGUGUUUGGAAACGUGCUGGUGUGUCUGGCUGUGCUGAGGGAGCGCUCCCUCCAGACGACCACCAACUACCUGGUGGUCAGCCUGGCCGUGGCCGACCUGCUGGUGGCCUCGCUGGUCAUGCCCUGGGCUGUGUACCUGGAGGUGGUCGGCGGCGCCUGGCUUUUCAGCCGGCUCUACUGUAACGUCUUUGUCACGCUAGACGUGAUGAUGUGCACCGCCAGUAUCCUCAACCUGUGCGCUAUCAGCAUUGACAGGUACACAGCGGUAGUGAUGCCCCUCUUUUACACCACCACCCAUCGCUCCAGGAAGAGAGUUUUUAUGAUGAUUUCCACCGUGUGGGUCCUGGCCUUCACGGUCUCCUGUCCACUGCUGUUUGGUUUCAACACCACAGAUGACCCCACGGUGUGCUCCAUCUCCAACCCCAACUUUGUGAUCUACUCCUCUGUGGUGUCCUUCUACCUGCCGUUUAUUGUCACUCUGCUGGUCUACAUCCGCAUCUACGUGUUCCUUAGGAUGAGGCGAAAGAGGAUCAUCUUCGGCCAGGCCAGCGGAAAGGUGCAGCCAGGCUCAGCUCCACCAUCUAUGGAGACUUGUCUGCAAGAAGAGACUCCCAAGGCAAAGCAAGACUUGUCACCUAUAAAGAUUAAAGUGCAGAGUGUAGAGCCUUCAUGUCCCUCUAAGCCCAACCUUUUGUCAGGAUGCUUGUGGCGCAAACGGCCAAAGACGGGACCGGUGAAGAACUCUAUGCUGCCCCCAGUGGACACGCACAACUGCUGCAGCAUAAGCCACGCCUCCUGCGGUCGCACAGAGCUGGAUCUGGAGCAGCAGCGAGGGGAAGAGGAGGCAGAGGAGAACAACCAGAACGAGCGGCCUUCUGUGAGGAUGAACUGCGAGGUGAAGGAUCUGUCUAACGGACGAACACACACGUCACUGCAGUCCAUGGCUCAUUCCAUCAAUAAUUCACGAUUCAGGAGCAUGCACGCACGGGAGAAAAAAGCCACUCAGAUGCUGGCCAUUGUGCUGGUGCGUUCACCUGGCUGGGUUAUGUCAACAGUGCCCUCAACCCUGUUAUCUACACCACCUUCAACAUUGAGUUCAGACGGGCCUUCAUCAAGAUCCUCAGCUGCUGAGGAAGACAGCGCGUCAGGACAAUUCAAAUGGAAAUUAGGCUUUGCACUUGUGCUACAACUCCAGCAUGGUGCAUAUUGUGAACAGUGACCACAUAUUCACGCUGGUCAUGGUCCAGAUAAGCAAACCUGUCCCAGGAGUUACACAGUACCAGCAUGACAAACAACACGCUGUGGUAUGCAAUAAAUACAAAAAAAAGAGGCUAUUACUUCAAAACAGACUUUAUUUCAACAGGGCUGGGACUCCAUUUGAACAGUAUUACUCCUCAAAUAAGACGUACAUUUUUACAGGCGUACAGUCUUGUUGAUAGCACAAGCUGUUCGACUUUAUUGUGACAUAUUUUGUACAGUAUGUGUGCUGCUCUUUGGCACAGGACUUUCAAAUCAAUGUAAGCUCGGAAGCUAUUUGGACCCAAAAUGAAGCUCUGAGGCUGAUUAAUUGACCGUAGAGCUGUGGGCCAUUUUGUCCUGAGGCCCGCUGCACUGUGGAUUAACUGAUGAUUCUCACCUCCCCCUUUCACCCCGUAUUCACUAUCAUCACCAUCAGUUACUCUCCAGUGCAUGCACACAUACAAUGUCAAAGGCGUUCACUUGAAUUGUGCUGGAAGGAUUGCUUUGGUCCCUGCCAAGACACAUCAUUUUGAAGAUUGUCAUAUAUAUUGAUGUGGAAGCAUUGUGCUCGAUGUGGAUUCAUUACAAUUAAAAAUGUGAGAUUUUGGUGUAAUGCACAAUGAAAACUGUUUCAGUGUUUUCUUAAAGGGACAGUCUGUUUAUUGGCAAAGCUUCCUUAAAUGUAGAGUUUCCUGCUGGCUGUUCUGAUGCGCUAAAUCGAACAGGAUUGUAAAUUGUGAUGUGUGCAGGAAUGUCAUGGACAGAGCAUUCACUGCAGCGUGCUGUAAAUAAAAGAACUGAUUAAAUGUUUCCAGGCUAUUUAUACACAUUAGGUAUAAUAAAGCUUGUGUAUGCGUUUGGGUGUCUUAAUGUUGCUGAUGAUGGGAGACACCCUCAGAUGUUGGUGAAUAAAAGUGUAGGAGUGCUUUCUGGGAGGAACACAAGAGAAACCCAGCGGAGUGAACAGGAUAUUGGGGGAUUUAGAGACAGAAAGAAAGUAGCAACAGUGACACAGUAGGAGAAUGAAAAACACAAUACGAGAUUGGGGAUGAUGGGAGAGCGGAGUGGGAAGGAGUAAAGCCAAAAAGAAAAUAAAUUAAAUGAAAGAACAAGAAUCAAGAGGAAAAAAAGGUUCAGGAUAGCUGCAGAAGAAGAAAAGUGGGGGCAGCCUUUCUCAGCCUGUAUCUCAAGCGCUCUUAUUUCUCUAAGAGUCAUAAACACCUGCUCCUCUGACACUGUAUGCCACUGUGUCGACUCGGCCUCGUUCCACUGAGACUACUUAUGGUGAUGAAGCACC